AGAAUUCAGUCUGUAGCUAGGCUAAAUGUGCAGUAUUUAAUUUCCACUCCCUAUACCUGCAGGUUUUAAGAGGGUAUCAAGGAUCAUGAUUCUGUGUGUAUUUAGAUGACGUACCCUGUGUUGUGCGUCACUGGCUCGGUAGGAAGCCAUGAAGAUCAGCGCGCUUCUGACCUCUGCAGGCAUCAAUAUUGGACUUUGCGUGCUCUUUCUGUCGCUCUAUUCUAUCCUCAGAAAGCAGCCGGCUAAUAUCAGGGUAUACUUCGGCCGGAGGAUUGCUGAGGAGCAUAGUCUGCUCCGAGAGGCUUUUAUCUUGGAGAGGUUUGUUCCGUCUGCUGGCUGGAUCGUGAAAGCCCUGCAGUGUACAGAGGAAGAGCUCUUGGCAGCUGCUGGGUUGGAUGCUGUCGUUUUCAAUCGAAUGCUUGUAUUCAGCAUACGCAUCUUUUCCCUAGCUGCCCUUCUGUGUAUUUCUAUAAUUCUUCCACUGAAUUAUUUUGGACAAAAUAUACAUCAUCUUCAGAUUCAUUCAGAACAAUUGGAUAUCUUCACCAUUGGGAAUGUGCAAGUGCGAUCAAGAUGGCUUUGGGUCCAUUGUAUAGUCCUCUACAUAAUAUCUGGAGUAGCUUGCCUUCUCCUAUAUCUUGAGUACAAGCACAUUGCUAAGUUAAGGCUCAUUCACCUUAAACGUGAAACACCCAGUCUAGGACAAUUCACUGUGCUUGUUCGUGGAAUACCAAAGACAACAAAAGAAUCGUGCAGUAGUGAUGUUGAUGAUUUCUUUACCAAGUAUCAUGCAUCAAGUUACCUAUUCCAUCAAGUUGUAUACAAAGCUGGAAAAGUUCAGAAGAUAAUGACUAGUGCAAAGAAAGCAUGUAGAAAGUUGGAAGAUUUCACAGUCACCAUGGUAGAUCAUAUCGUGUUGCCCAAUGACGAAGUAGUAGAGAACAGAGGGGAAGAUGACCUGAACGAUUCUAUCUCGAACACAGAUAACAACACAGAUAAUGAGGAAUGUGCAGUAGCUUUUGUAUUUUUCAAAACUCGUUACGGAGCACUUGUUGCAUCAGAUGUACUUCAGACAUCGAACCCUACGAAGUGGGUUACUGAUCUAGCUCCAGAACCAAAUGAUGUGUAUUGGUCAAAGAUUUGGCUUCCUUAUAAUCAGCUUUGGAUUCGACAAAUAGCUACUCUUCUAGGUUCUAUUGUUUUUAUGUUGUUAUUUCUGAUACCGGUGGCAUUUAUACAAGGUCUAUCUGAGCUAGAGCAGUUGCAGCAGAAGCUUCCUUUUCUUAAUGGGUUAUUAACGAAGCCAUACAUGAUCCAGCUAGUAACUGGAUACCUUCCGAGUGUCAUCCUGCAAAUAUUUCUGUACAGCGUUGCGCCAAUAAUGAUGCUAUUUUCUACAUUGGAGGGGCCUACGUCUCACAGUGAAAGGAAGAGGAGUGCUUGCUGCAAAGUUCUGUACUUUAUGAUUUGGAAUCUCUUCUUUGUUAAUCUAGUAUCUGGCACGGUCUUAAAACAACUGAAUUUUUUUUCAAGCCCGAAGGAAAUCCCUUUACAGCUAGCUAGGGUUAUACCUGGGCAGGCUACCUUCCUCAUCACCUAUGUUCUGACUUCAGGGUGGGCCAGUUUAUCAUCCGAACUUAUGCAACUCUUUGCUCUGAUAUGGAACUUCAUAAGUAAAUAUAUUCUUAGAAUUAAAGAAGAUACAGAAUUCGUGCCCUCAUUUCCCUAUCACACAGAAGUACCAAAAGUUCUGCUGUUUGGGCUAUUGGGCUUCACAUGCUCUGUACUGGCACCUUUGAUCUUACCUUUCCUGCUAGUGUACUUCUUCCUUGGUUAUGUGGUAUACCGCAAUCAGCUGCUGAAUGUAUACCGCACGAGGUAUGACACAGGUGGUUUGUACUGGCCAAUCGCUCACAACACGGUGAUAUUCUCUCUUGUGCUCACCCAGAUCAUCUGCCUCGGCGUAUUUGGCCUCAAAGUGUCACCGGUAGCUGCAGGCUUUACCAUACCCCUUAUCAUCCUUACCCUUUUAUUCAAUCAGUACUGCAGAAAACGGCUCCUCCCGCUAUUCAAAACUUUUCCAGCACAGGAUCUUGUCGACAUGGACAGGGAAGAUGAACAGUCAGGAAAAAUGGAACACAUUCACCACCAACUCCAUACCGCGUAUUGCCAGUUCCCUGACACCGAAGAAAUGCAGCUGGAGAAAAUCCGGAUUGCUGGGAAUGACAAGGACGACGAAGAACGUUGUAGCUCAGGUGAGUCGAACAGCAAAGAAACCUGCGAGGAACGGCAGCCCAGAAAGGAUCUGUCUCACCCAACACUGAAGGGACUCCCCGUUAACCGUCUGCAGAACGCCAUCAGGUCCAUCACUUUCCUCAUUAGAUUGCAGAAGAGAGGUCUAUCGUGAUGCAGCAUUGGGUAACUGACUGACUGGCCGCUAAAUCCUCCACUGUG